AUGCGAGCGUCACACAUCAUCGGCCUCUUGAGCCUCGCCGUCGCAGUGGCCGCCAACGGCUUCGUUCCCCCAUACCAAAUGAGCGAUAAUGAGACGAAGGUCGUCAUCUGGCUGGAGCAGGUGCGGAUCAAUCGGCAGCUGGCGAUCGACAGCAACUCGGUCAAAAUUCCGCAAUACUUAAGGGACGGAAUCGACACGUACGUGAGAAGUCACCACGAGCAGACGGAAUUGUACAACAAUUAUGUGGCCUCGUGCCCGGAUGGCCGGCUGCGGUUCCCCACCGACGAUCAGCUGAUAGCCGCGGGUCUCUCAGAAGCAGACAUUAGGAACAGGCAGUAA